AUGGAUGGAAUGAUGAUGAUGGGCCUGUUCAAAAGUCGUCCUGGGAUACACCUUCGCCACGCUCCGUUUCCUCUUCUCGCCGAGGAGACUCGGAACGAAGUGUAUCAAGUAUUUGGCGUAGUGAACGACGCCGUCGAGAUGAAGAGCGGAAUAGAAAACACGAACCUGUCGACGAAUCUACCAACAUUUUACGAUGCGGAGGAGAAGGCGCAAUGGGAGGCUGAACAGAAAAUUAUUGAAAGAGAGUGGUAUGAUAAUGAUGGUGGUGUUUACGACGAGGAGUACAAUCCUUUUGCUAAGGUUAGCGAGGAAUUUGUGGAAAAGCGAGAAAAGCAAUGGCAAGAAAAGACGACUGGGCCCCGUCUCACUUUGAAACAACAAUCUAUAAAGCGUGAAAAUGAACUUUGGGAAAACAAUCGGCUACACAGAUCAGGAGUUGUUGCACUCACUGACGAGUUGUCCAGUGUUUUUGAUGAUGAAACAGAUGAAAAUCGUGUCCAUUUGCUCGUCCACAACAUUGUCCCGCCGUUUCUGGACGGAAGAAUUGUCUUUACUCGGCAAUCUAAGCCAGUUAUACCAGUGGUGGAUACAACAUGUGAUAUGGCUGUUGCUGCAGCUCGUGGCAGUAAAGUGGUUCGGCAAUUUCGAGAAUCGGAGGAGAGAAAAAAGGCUCAAGAGAAGCACUGGGAGCUUGCUGGAAGCAAAUUGGGUAACUUGAUGGGCGUAAAGCAGAAACCAGACGAAACUGCAGAAGAUGACGACGAUGCAAAUGAUUACAAGGGAUCUCAUCAAUUUGCUACACAUAUGAGCGAAAAAACGGAGGCAGUGUCCGAUUUUGCGAUGGAGAAAUCAUUGAAGCAACAACGAGAAUAUCUGCCAGUUUUUGCCUGCCGACAAAAAAUGAUGACUGUGAUCCGAGAGAAUAAUGUGGUCAUCAUCAUAGGAGAAACAGGUUCAGGAAAAACUACGCAGCUAGCCCAAUAUCUGCUGGAGGAUGGAUUUGGAGACACAGGCAUUAUUGGAUGUACUCAACCUCGUCGAGUUGCCGCAAUGAGUGUAGCGAAGCGUGUUGCUGAUGAGAUGGGUGUGGAGCUUGGCCAAGAAGUGGGAUAUGCAAUCCGAUUUGAAGAUUGCACUUCUGAGAAGACGGUGAUCAAAUACAUGACAGACGGUAUCUUGUUGAGAGAGUGCUUAGGAGACGGUGAUUUGGAUCAGUACAGUGCCAUAAUCAUGGAUGAAGCUCAUGAAAGAUCAUUGAAUACGGACGUAUUGUUCGGCCUUCUUCGUGACGUCGUCGCUCGCAGAACUGAUCUGCGCCUGAUCGUUACUUCAGCGACUAUGGAUGCUGAUAAGUUUGCAAAUUUCUUUGGAGGGAGUUGCCCGACGUUCACUAUUCCCGGUCGAACGUUUCCUGUUGAGAUUUUUCAUGCAAGAGCACCGGUAGAAGAUUACGUUGAUGCUGCUGUCAAGCAAGCAAUUACUGUGCAUCUUGGCGGCAUGGAAGGAGAUAUUCUAAUUUUUAUGCCUGGUCAGGAAGAUAUUGAAGUUACAUGUGAGCUUAUGAAAACACGUCUAGGAGAGCUUGACGAAGCUCCUCCAUUAGCAGUGCUUCCCAUAUAUUCCCAGUUACCCAGUGAUUUACAGGUAUCUUUCAUCACUUUCUUUGAUUUCUGA